GCCUAAGGAAAGAAGAUUCCCCACAGAACAACGAUCAGCUGCUGGAAACGAGUGAUGAGAUGUGAAGACUCACCAUGAGCUUCGCAGAGUUGGACCUGACUCCAGGCUUCUCGGAGGUCUCCAGCAGCACACUCCACCUCUACCCUGCGCCCUCCAGCUCCAUGCACUGCUGCAGAUCUGGGAUCAGAUUGGUGUCAGGGGAUGGUCCUCCUCCAGCUCGGCCGCUUCAGGAGCUGUCAUGGCUUUCGAGUCUCGGUGUCACCGGCUCCAUCCGCACCUGAAGAACAACACAGAUUCGAGCGGAGUCAGCGGGCGGGUGGCCAUAGAAACGCUGUCAAUGAACCCGAACGGGAGAUUUCAACGCAUCUUCCUGUGGUAAACGAACUGGGAAGUCUGCAGAUACUAUUACAAAGAAAAGCACCAAAAAUACUUGAGGAACACAAAAAAACAGGGAGCCUGAAAACUGAGUCAAGGAAGCUCCUUGUCAAAGUUUGCAUCAGUCACUUGGUGAAGAAGCAUGGAUUUUACCCAACGAGUGCUGAGAAGGUCACUUUAGCCAAGACCAUCGUCGCCACUUUCCCAUCCUUGAGAGUUCAGAUUGAAGGAAAAGGAGAGGGAUUUGAGCAUUUUUAUGAUCCAUUAUCACAUUCUGGAUUCCUGGAAAUGAGACUGCGUAAUAUCCGUCGAAAGCUUGAAGCGGGUCAGCGUCGUUACUCAAAGCGCAUGAUAAGCUGUGAUACUGGAAUGCAAUCAGAACAGGACCAGGGGGAGAGCAGUGCAACCAAUGAGUGGAUCACCCUCAUGAAACGACUCAGGCCCUCUUCAGAGAACAUCUCUUCAAUUAAAUCUGCUAUGGAAAACACAUACACAAGGCGUAGGUCAUGGAUAUCAAAAAAGAAUCCCACAAUGGCUGAAAUUUUAGAAGAAUAUCCACGCUUUCUGGACAUGCCUAAUCUGCUGGAUAUUGAGUUUGGAAGAAUGACUGAUGGCAAGACGGAGCUGUUUAUCAGACGAUGGGAAGUCAGCAUAAUUCCAAAACUGAAAUCUUUGGCUACCAUGGAAGGAGGGGAUGUUUCAUUGCUAACAGAGGGGAUGGAAGACCAAACUGAUGAUGAAAAGUGCUACACAAUGCUGGUUGUUCUCACACAUCUUCUGCCACCAUUGCCUGGGAGUCGAUGCAGCAUUAAGUCUGCAAUAUCGUUCCUGGUUGAUUUUGUACCGGCUGGGACCAGCAUUGCGUCCCUCUGCAGCAACUCUGAGGUGGCACAAGGUACCCAACCACAGUUGAUUUGCAUCGGCAAUUUGAAGAGUGCAACUUGCCAGUACAUUAUUGUUGCAAGCAAUGACGGUGUGACCAUUCCAGUAAAUGAUGGCCUGACAUGUGCAUUGGACAAGCUGUUCAAGCUCUACUGGGUUUGCAACUUGGCCUAUCCACCCCAGCUCAGCUCUGUGUUCACUUUCUUCGAAUACAUCUACGAAGUUACCAUCUCAACCAACCGGAAAGCCAAGGUACUGGAACUGAUCUCCAAGCUUCAAGCUGCACAGUAAAGCAC